UAUAAUAUUUAAUUAUAAAUGGUGAUUGUGUUUGAGCUUCCUGUUCCGCCACUGUUUCACAACAAACUGCGGGGCGGAGAUUCAGCUACAGUGCAGCUAUUCAUCCGGAUCAAUGUGGCCUGUUAUACAGCUAAAAUGAGGCCCUUGUGUGUUAUUUUGACAUUUGGGGUUGUUGCGAGCAGCGGUGUCCUCCUGGCGAUGUCUACUCCGACAGAGGACUGGCAGACGGCCACGUCAAUUUAUGACUUCUCAGCGACAGAUAUUGAUGGCAAUUUGGUUUCCCUAGAAAAAUACAGGGGGGAUGUUGUCAUCAUCACCAACGUUGCCUCUAAAUGAGGUAAAACCCCCGUAAACUACUCUCAGUUUGCCGCAAUGCACGUCAGGUACGCUGAGAGAGGUUUACGCAUCCUUGGCUUCCCUUCCAACCAGUUUGGGAACCAGGAGCCGGGCACUGAAGCUCAGAUUAAGCAGUUUGCCAGUUCUUACAACGCUCAGUUUGACAUGUUCAGUAAGAUCGAGGUGAACGGGGCCAACGCUCAUCCUCUGUGGAAGUGGAUGAAAGAGCAGCCAAAUGGGAAAGGCUUCUUGGGAAAUAGCAUCAAGUGGAAUUUCACCAAGUUUUUGAUCAACAGAGAGGGUCAGGUGGUGAAGAGAUACGGGCCCCUGGAUGAUCCAAGUGUGGUGGAGAAAGAUCUUCCCCGAUACUUGUAAACAUCCAACAUGUGAUUGACGCCUCCCUUUCUGAUCCUCGGUCCUUUCUCUGCUUCUUCAAUCACCAGUGAAUGAAGUUUUAGUCCAACCCCAGACCAGUGACGGUCUGCUCAUAAACCUGCAUAGCUGACAGAGCAGACCUGAUGAAAAUGGCGUGCAAACCUCCUGGGAGGAUAACCAAGCAAUCAUUCAUCUGAUUCUCUGAAGAGAAGGAGAACCGAUCCUCAAAAAGAUCAUUAACUCUGUUCAUACAUUAAUGUGUGACAUUGUUUUCAUAUUAAAAUGCACUGAAUUUUUCUCUAAUGAUA